AUGAUUAAGAAGAAAGAUAGUAAAGACACCAAAAUUGACCUUGAGAUCUUUAGCAGAAGGAAUAAAAGUCCUUAUCCUGAGCUACAGCAUUUUGAUACGUUAUACUAUAAAAGGCCUUAUUCGAUGACGUCUAAUGUUUUUGAAAAGUUUUGUGAUACUCAAAUUACUUAUAAUUCAACGAUCCUGAAUAAUUCGGAUCAAGAUUUUAAAACUAGUCCUGCUCAGAGCCAUGAUGCUUUACCAAAUUUAGAUCACGUGCAAAUCGAUUUAACCUGCAACGAAGUGAUGCCGUUAGAAGAACUCUCAUUUAAUGUAACUGAACAAAAUGAUAUUAGUUCAUCAACGUACGCGUUUCAAUGUGGUUUUGAUUCCGACGACUCUGUGCGUGAUAAAGACUAUCUUCCAUCUGAUUCAAGUGAUGAUUUUGAAUCAAUUAAGUCGAGUAGCCCAAAAUCCCAUGUGUUACAAACAAACGUAAGUUCUUAA